AUGGCGGCCUUUACGUCAAGGAUACCACGAUAUAGGAAGAGAUCACCGACAUUCUCAAUGGCAAUGAAACCACGCCGUCAAUGUGCGGUGUGUGGAAAAUGGACGACCGCAAUUUACAUGCAUAUGGCUUACUCUCAUGAUUGGACUGAAGAACAAGUGAACCAGUUGAAGACACAAGUCAGAGAAGAGCGAUUAUCACGCAGAGGAAUUGUUAUGUACGAGUGCUACAAAUGUGGUGUUGGGUACGGCUCAUCUGUUGGCUUAGCUGCGCAUGUUGAAAAAUGUCGAAAACGACGUCCAUUCAAAUUAAAAAGUGGCGUUCUAAGAACAGGAACUUCAAGCUGUAUUCGAAGACAUGAAGUACAUCCUGACAAAGGGAAGCAUUUCAUGUGGUCAAUGGAAGGCGGACGACAAUGUCUAGCGAAGCAGCUGCCAACUCGUCCACCUAUGAUGCCUCCGUUGCCGGAUCAGUUAAGCGAAUCGGAGAAAGGCUCUGUGAUUUGCCCAGUUCCACGUUGCGGAAUGCGAUUCACGAAUCACGAUAGCCUUUCGUAUCACUGUAUGAUUGAACAUUCUGAACUUGGAGCCGCAGGCACGCCCCAGAACUUUGCCAUACGACAGUAUCGAUUUGAGAACAAGGACGAGUACAAGGAAUGGUUAUAUGAACGGUGUGAAGAAACAUGCACAUCCUUCUCAACGAAAACUUCCAUGUGGUCAGGUUACGCAAUGUAUCGCUGCAAUCGAGCUGGCACUUUCAAAACGUCUGGCACCAUCCGAGCCGGUACGACCACAAAAAAGGCGCAGUCACAUUGCUCCGCUUUCCUAAGGAUCAGCGAAUAUAGUGAUGGAAGUUUGGACGUCACUUGCUGCUUUGGCCACAUCUUCCACGAACUUGACCCAACAGCGUUACGACUAAAUGAAAGACAAUGUGGCGUCAUUCGUGGGCUGCUGGAGGAACACAAAUAUCUUAGUGAUAUUUGCGCGCAAAUGAGGAACGAAUACCCUCCAACAAAUCGCCUUCACUAUACAUCCACGAAUGACAUAAGGAAUCUAGCGUUGCGACUUGGGUUGCCAAUCCAUUUGAAGGAGAGAAAACAUCCUUCGCUUGUGAUUAGAAUUACGGACCCAACUUGUGCGGAGGCACCGGCUGAACAAGACGAUAAUGUCAGCGAAGCAUCCGCUGAAUCUUCAAACUCUGAGGAUGAUGAGGAUCUAACACCUCAUUCGGAUGUAGAACGAGAGGAUGUAGGGGAAGAGAAUGAAGACGACGAAGAACUCCAUAUUGACGAUAGCCGAGAGGAUGAUGAGGAACACUCAGAUGGACAUGAUCUCAUGGAUGACGAUGAGCAGCCCGAUGAUACCGCGUUGUCCACUCCUUCUCCAAGCUCUGCUCAAUCCUCCUUGUCGAAUAAUUCAGAAACUCGGCCUCCGAGGACUAGGCGAGCUCCUCGACGAUUUGGAGAUGAUUGA